CACACGAAAAAGAUUGAAAAAGCAAAUUCAUGAUGAUUUUUCUCUUUGAUUAAACUCUCUGGUCUUCUUGUGCCAAAGAAAUUUACCCCACUAAACAAGUUUUUUCAAACAAAUCCAUAAUCUUCUUCUUCCUCCAGAUUCAGUUUGUAUCCAGAAGACAGGUCAAAUUUGAGGUUCUUGUAGGAAACUUUUCGUUCUUACAUCUCUAUCAAAUCCAGAUUUAGUCUGCAUCCAGGAGUGAUUCUUGUAUAUAUUCUCUCUGGAUCUUGUGAUGCCCUUUAAUUGCUUCAGAGUUCUUGAUAAGUGCAAAAGAAAUGAUCGUCUUGGUCAGAAAGAAGCUGAAGAGAUUUUCACCGACAAUGUGAGGGUCUUCUCAUAUAACUCAUUAAGAUCAGCCACAGAUGACUUCCAUCCAUCUACCAGAAUUGGAGGUGGUGGCUUUGGCGUUGUCUACAAGGGAGUAUUGAGAGAUGGUACACAAGUAGCAGUGAAAUCACUUUCAGCAGAAUCCAAACAAGGCACACGCGAGUUCUUGACUGAGAUCAACUUGAUAUCCAACAUUCAUCAUCCUAACCUGGUUAACCUCAUUGGCUGCUGCAUCGAAGGGAACAAUCGGAUUCUCGUCUAUGAGUACCUUGAGAACAACAGUCUUGCUAGUGUUUUGCUUGGUUCAAGGAGUAAGUAUGUUCCACUUGAUUGGUCCAAACGUGCAGCCAUUUGCGUUGGGACAGCUUCAGGUUUAGCUUUCCUUCACGAGGAAGUCGAGCCUCAGGUCGUUCACCGCGACAUAAAGGCCAGUAAUAUCUUACUAGACCGAAACUUUUGUCCCAAGAUUGGAGAUUUCGGGCUGGCAAAGCUUUUUCCAGACAAUGUCACUCACAUUAGUACCAGAGUAGCUGGAACAGUGGGAUACUUGGCCCCAGAAUACGCACUUCUAGGACAGUUAACAAAAAAAGCAGAUGUUUACAGCUUUGGAAUACUUGUGCUUGAAGUCAUAAGUGGUGGUAGUAGCAGCAGAGCUGCCUUUACAGACGAGUUAUUGGUUCUGGUCGAAUGGGUAUGGAAACUGAGAGAAGAAGGGAGGCUACUAGAGUGUGUGGAUCCAUAUCUAACCAAGUUUCCUGAAGCAGAAGUGAUACGAUUCAUCAAAGUAGCUCUAUUCUGCACUCAAGCCGCGGCACAAAAGAGACCAAACAUGAAGCAAGUGGUGGAGAUGCUUAGCAGGAAAGAGAUUAAGCUCAACGAGUCUGCCUUAACGGAGCCUGGUGUCUACAGAGGUGUCAACAAGGGAGGCAACCACCGUGGCCUCGGUCUUAUAGGUAGCAGCUCACAGGAGAGUUCAUCAACACAAGGUUACAAAGGGAAAAGCCCAGCUGUUAAUCAAGGAUCGUCGUCGGUUUCUGUUAUUUCGUUUCAGAGCAUUUCAGAGGUGGCUCCUAGAUGAUUAUGAUUAUUUCUUUGGAUAGAGCAGAUGCAUAUAUUCUUGAGUAUAUUAAUUAGUUUCUGAUGGAUUAGUAUCUAAAUAUAGAUAUAGUAGAUCAAAUACCAAUAGAGAAAUAUUAUUAAUUCAAUAAGAAGUCUUCUUUUUGUGAGUGGGAUUCA